UCAAUUUAGACCAAAGAACUUAGGUGGAAAUAAGUUUCUUGCAGACCGGAUCUUGAGGGAGGAUGCUGGACCUAAAUGUACUGGUGCAGAGUGCACCGGGGAAUGGCAGCUCGAUGGCGUUUGUCGACGACUACCCAGCGUGGAUUGCGGGCCCCUCGGCGGAGGAGAACACGCAGACUAUCCAAGACGAGAUCGUACCGAUGCUCGAGAGGUGGGAACGGACUAGCGGCGCCGAAUUCGAGGCUGCUAAAACACCUUUCAUCCACCUGGCGCGAUACAAAGGAGCUGGCAGGGACAGCAGCGGGCCACUCCGGUUCAGAGGGAAAGAGGUCCCGCCAACGGACAGGGUCAAGAUUCUCGGGGUCACGCUCGACAAAGAAGUGCGGUUCAAAGUGCACCUGGCGGACAAAGCCGGCAAGGCAACGAAGGCAGCGCUGGCAUUGCACAGACUAAAGGGACUCCAGCCGAAGACGGUCAAGCAGCUGGGGAUGAGUGCGGUGCUGCCGGUGGCGGACUAUGGGUCGCCGAUAUGGUACCCGAUUGCGACACAGGAAUGA